AUGUCGUUUUUUCCGCGUCUCUGCAGUGCAGAUGUAGGCUUCUUCCCGAUCAAUAGUUUCGUCAAGACCCUCACGGGUAAGACCAUUACCCUCGACGUCGAGUCGAGCGACACCAUCGACAACGUCAAGACCAAGAUCCAGGACAAGGAGGGUAUCCCCCCGGAUCAGCAGCGUCUUAUCUUCGCUGGUAAGCAGCUUGAGGAUGGCCGCACCCUGAGCGACUACAACAUCCAGAAG